GGGUGAGUGUAGACGCCACAGGGCCCCAGAAUGGAGCCCAAUGGCACGGUUCAUUCUUGUUGCUUGGACUCUACUGUGCUGAAAGUCACCAUCAGUUUGAUCCUCACCACCCUCAUCCUUAUCACCGUGGCUGGCAAUGUAGUCGUCUGCCUGGCUGUCAGCUUGAACCGUCGGCUCCGCAGCCUGACCAAUUGCUUCAUUGUGUCUUUGGCGGCGACCGACCUGCUUCUUGGCCUCCUGGUGCUGCCCUUCUCUGCCAUUUACCAGCUCUCUUUCAAGUGGAGCUUCGGCCAGGUCUUCUGCAACAUCUACACCAGCCUGGAUGUGAUGCUCUGCACAGCCUCCAUCCUCAACCUCUUCAUGAUCAGUUUGGACCGCUACUGGGCUGUCACGGACCCACUGAGGUACCCUGUGCUGGUCACCCCAGUUCGCGUUGCCAUUUCUUUGGUCUUUAUUUGGGUCAUUUCCAUCACUCUGUCUUUCCUGUCUAUUCACCUGGGGUGGAACAGCAGAAACGAGACCCGAGGGCACAAUGAUACCUUCAAGUGCAAAGUGCAGGUCAAUGAGGUGUACGGGCUGGUGGAUGGGCUGGUCACCUUCUACCUGCCCCUUCUCAUCAUGUGUGUCACCUACUACAGAAUCUUUAAGAUCGCCAGGGAGCAGGCCAAAAGGAUCAACCACAUCAGCUCCUGGAAGGCAGCCACCAUCCGAGAGCACAAAGCCACCGUGACGCUGGCUGCCGUCAUGGGAGCGUUCAUCAUUUGCUGGUUUCCCUACUUCACUACGUUCGUCUAUCGUGGACUGAGAGGGGACGAUGCCAUCAAUGAGGUGGUUGAAGGCAUUGUUCUAUGGCUAGGCUAUGCCAAUUCAGCCCUAAACCCAAUCCUGUAUGCUGCCCUCAACAGAGACUUCCGCAUGGCUUACCAACAGCUCUUCCGUGGCAAGCUUGCCAGCCACAACUCCCACAAAACAUCCCUGAGGCUGAACAAUUCUCUGCUGUUCGGGAGCCAAAGCCGAGAAGGCAGAUGGCGGGAGGAGAAGCCCAUGAAGCUCCAAGUGUGCAGUGGGACAGAAAUCACACACCCCCAAGGAACCCCAGACAGGAAACCAGUGCUGUCCUGCACCACAUGCUCCAAUAGCCUCCUGACCUGCUGCAAGAGCCUAUGGGGGCUUCGUGUUCUCCAGCAACACCCCGAAGGCCCCUCACAGGAGCAGUGGGGAGAGCCACUGUCUGAGAAGACAGAAAGGACACCGUCACAGGAAGGAAUGGGGGCAUUGCCCUGUGAGGCCGUCUAGAUCCUGCCCAGGACACCAAGAUCCCAGACCUAUCACUUGGAUCUCCCUCUGGAGCCCUGUGGACCAAACCCCCAAACCACCGAGGACAAACUUCAGCCUGAGCCUAGGGGUUCACAGAACACACAGAUCAGCUUCCCUGUGAGUGGAUGCCAGACAGGUGCUUUGGCUCACUUAGGCUGAAUUUCUUGGGUUCAAAGCUCACACUGGUGCUGGCCCUAGGAGUCGUGAGCAGACAGUGGGACAGAUGUGCACAGAUGUGCUUCUGUAGAAAACAUGCACAUCUGUUGAUCAGGGCAAAGGAUGUUACUAUGAAUCCCUGCCUCACUCCCUCGUGGGAUCUCAUUAUGA